AUGGUGCAAUUUAUGAAAUAUUUUCUUCGUUUACAAAAUCAUUUCUAUGAACAUAACCCAUCAAGUAAUUCCUCAUGUCCAUCUACACCUCUUAAAUGGUGUAUUAAUGAUUAUGAUGGAUAUAAAUUUUGUAUUCAAAAUCCUACACUUCUUCCAUUAUCUAUUUUGGCUUUAUUAAUCGGUCUUUUUUGUUCAAAACGUAUUUCUAAAUUAUCAGGAAAAUUUCCAUCACGAUGGUUUUAUUACUUAGCAUUUUUUCUUUAUGGUAUUAUGAUGACAUCAGCUGGUAUAUUACAUUGUUUUAUAGGUGAUCCACCAAAGAAUAAAAUUUCAUUGAAAUUUAUUCAAUUAUUUGUUACAAUUAUUGAUUGUAGUUUAACAACAAGUAUUGCUGUUACUUUUCUCUUUUGUGGUUUAUCUGAUAUUCAAUUUUUAAAUCCACAAUCCAUUUUUACACAUUGUUUACUCUUUAGUUCAUAUUUUAUUCUUUUUCUUUUAUGGACUUUAGCAAUAAUACAUGAAUGGAAUACGAUAAUUUAUGCACUUUAUGUUGGUGUUAUAUCCAUUUGUUGUUUUGUUUAUUUAAUUACACAAUUAUCUAUUAAAUCAAAUCGUCGUGCAUUACCAAUACUUAUUGUUGGUGGAAUUUAUGCAAGUAUUGGUUUAAUUGCAGAAUCAUUUGGUGCGGAACAUAUUUGUACAUCAGAAGGUCCAUUUUGGUCACAAUAUUUUGGGCCAGAAUUUAUAUGGUGCCUUUUUGCGAAUAUUAGUAUGGCAUUUAUAUUUAUUUAUGUUAUACGAACUAAUAUAGAAAAACAAGUGAUUAUUAAAAAAUAUCCUAUUGAUAUGGAAAAAAAUCCUGAGAAAUUUUAA